UGGUUCAUAUAUGUAUAUACACACACCCUAGCGCUUGGAAUAUAAGUUUGUUGGAGAGAAGUGAGGUCUCCGCCCGUUCCAAGGACCCCCGGGGGGGUUUUCCGGCCCAAGGAGCUGAGGGAGCGAACCCGGCUCCACCUGGGGGCUCCGACACGGGGCAGGAUCGAUGGCCAAGGAGCAACUGGUCAUGGUGGAACUCUCAGGAAUUAUUGAUUCAGACUUCUUAGAAAAAUGUGAAAACAAAUGCAAGAUUUUGGGAAUAGAGACAGAGAGGCCCAUUUUACAAGUGGACAGAUAUGUGUUUGCAGGAGAGUAUGAAGAUACCCUGGGAACCUGUGUGGUUUUUGAAGAAAACACAGAGCAUGUAGAUGCAGAAGGCAACGAGAAAGUACAGCUGAAAUACAAGUGCCACACAAUGAAGAAGUUGAAUAUGACACGGACACUUUUGACAGAGAAGAAGGAAGGAGAAGAGAAUGUUGGUGGAGUGGAGUGGCUCCAAAUCAAGGACAGAGACUUUUCCUACAGCAGGCCCAACACCAUCUGCAGCUUCCUGCGUGAAAAGGAGGAUUCUGAGGAGUCAGCUCAGGCCCAGGACAAACUGACUGAAGAGUCAGAGGGAGAAGUGAGUGGUGGAGGGAAUUCUGACAUUAAUUCUGGUCUAGAGAAGCAGCACAGCUUGGAAACAGGCGCCUCUAUCCCUCUGCCUGGCAGCCCUGUUUCUGGGGCAGAGGAUUCUCCUGCUGGGAAUGUUGCAUUAGACGAGGUCCCUCCGUGAUACCAGCUCUGAUCUUGCCAGGAUUUCUUCAUGGUGUUACUGGGCCAACUUUUAAAUGCCAGCUUUUGUAGACUGUGACAUGAUUUCAACGUAUCUGAGCAAUUAAUAGUGGGAAAAUGGACAUGGAUGGUGGUGGUGUGCACUGCUUUCAGGUCUGGAUGGCAGUGGGGAGGGCUGAAGUGUUUUUGGCAGAUGUUGGUUGGAAAUGUGUGUGUCUCUGCCUCAAAACUGAAGAAGAAAAGAUGGUUACAUCAUUUUAAAACCCCCACCUUAGAAAAAUGUUGAUGUAUUGUACAGGCUGGGACAUUUUGUGAAAGGAAACGUGUUAAAAUAAAGUCCUGAAUUUUUCAAGUAUA